AUGCCUGCGUAUCGAUUUCCAGCCAGGACGAAUAAGGCCCUGCUGUGGUUGACUUACUUUCAAUCUCGGCUUCUAUCGAGUAACAGUACCAUGGCUGAUUUGCCCUUGCACGAGCACGAAUUCUGCCACAUCCGUUCUUCCACGGCUCAACCCAAGUUGGUAACUAGUCAGUGGGAACAGAAAAGACGAGAGGUUAGGGAGGAUAUAGUCAACGCCGUCCUUUUGCUGAUAAUUUGGUUGAAAGCGCCGUCUAUUCGGAGGCCGCUGGUCAUAAACCAAGAAGUAGAGUUCUGCGAAUACGUGAUAGUCUUGCAAGGAAUCCAGAUUGACCAAGCGCAUGAAAAGCCAAACCAUCUUGCAUUUUUCCUAAGCUUUAGGACAAACACUAAUAUUUUCAUCAAGGCGCUCGGUCAGGGUGGUAACGAGCAAAUUUUCCGGAAGGAUGGCUGCUGUAUCCUUCUGAGCGAUCCAGGAAGCUCGGUAUCAUUUUCUCAGGCUAUCGGCCGGCUAUGA